AGGUAACAGUAGGAUACUGCAACCAAACACCAAGUCAUCGGAAACGUCCGUAUUAGUGGAUGCGGUUCGAUGAACUGGACUUACCAAGAAGAUAUCGUGAUAGUCAUUAACGGACAAACAUUGCCGGCCCAUUGAUCCCAUCAACUGGAAGCGAAAAACUUCACUAGCAGCCCGUCGAGGUCCAACGCGAAAUCUCGUCAGACAAUACUCGCCAUGGCUGCUUCUGGGGACAAUGACGCCUUUCCGUGGCAUUUGGGGAUAUUCGAUGCGCAUUGCCAUCCCACCGACAACCUGAACAGUCUGCGAAAGAUCCCGGGCAUGCGCGCCAAAGUCUUGACGGUGAUGGCGACGCGCUCACAGGAUCAAUCGCUCGUCGCAGAAGCCGCAGACGAAUUCGGUGUGGUACAAACGGAUGCGAUACAUGCAGAUACCGAUUGGAGCCAAGAGCAAAAGAUUGUGCCGGCUUUCGGCUGGCAUCCGUGGUUUUCCCAUCAAUUAUAUGACGAAUCACAAUACGAAGGACGACUCUCGCUCAGCCAAAGUGAAAAGGCUCAUCACUAUCGCCGGAUAUUGGCUCCUGCGCCGAAAGAUGAGACUUGGCUUCAGACCCUACCUGAUCCUUCUCCACUCGGUCGCUUUCUCCAGGAGACGGAAACAUUCCUGGAGAAGUAUCCGGUCGCACUGAUCGGUGAAGUCGGAUUGGACCGCUCCUUUCGCAUUCCUGAACCAUGGGGACCAGCAGAGGCCGAGAAGCGAGAUGCCAGCGUCACGGCAGGUGGGCGUGAAUCGCGAAAGCUAAGUCCAUUUCGAGUGAGCAUCGAUCACCAGAAAGAGAUCCUACUCGCACAACUCCGACUGGCCGGGAGAUUGCAGCGGGCAGCUUCAGUCCACGGAGUGCAAGCUCACGGUCACGUAUAUGAUACUCUCGCGGAGUCGUGGAAGGGCCACGAGAAUCAGGUGACCUCGCAACGAGAGCGAAAAAGGACAGCUUCCGCCAUCAGUCGCAAUGCGCAACCGGUAGAAGAGGAAUCGCAGAGUGACAAGGAAUCAAACGUGGAACGGCCAUUCCCACCGAGGCUGUGUUUACAUUCAUACUCCGGCUCUGCCGAUGCAGUCAGCCGAUAUCUUGCUCCUGCUGUCCCCUGUGAUGUCUUCUUCAGUUUCAGCUCAGCGGUCAAUUCAUGGGCGGAUGACGGAUCAGGCAAAGUCGAAGCUUCUGUCAAGGCUGUGCCGGAUGGCAACAUCUUAGUCGAGAGCGAUCUUGAUACUGCCGGGGAGAACAUGGACGCCGCGCUCGAGGAAGUCGUUCGGAAGAUCUGUAAAUUAAAAGGUUGGUCGCUCGACGACGGCGUUAGUCAACUAGGACAUAAUUGGCGCAGGUUCGUCUUUGGCCAUUCCUGAGAAUUGUUUGCAUGAAACAUCUUUCGCGAAUAUCUACAUCACGCCAGGAGUGACCUAUCCGUGUUGGAUGUCGGCUAGCUCAGGGCACGGCAUUCGAUCCCUCGAUGUGCUGGAGAACAUCAUUCACCAUCGAGGAGUUUUCGACAUUCUGUAGGGUCAUCUUUCCUAUGAAGGGCUGAACCAGCUUUGAGGCUCAUGGGCCGUAAUCUGCUGCACAUAUGUGUCGGCGUAGUGAUCGUCUCGUUCAGGUUGUCAAAGACACACUAGCAAGAUAGUUGGCUAGCUUCAGGU